UGUUCUGUGAUCAUGGCUGCACUGGACCACACCAGCCAUGUUUGCUAAUUUAAAACCCAAAGGUUAGCGAAUAGUUGUUUAUUAUUUAUCCCUGUGUUAUCUCCACUGGUAUAUCCGCUAACUCGAAGGUUUAGAGGCAUCGGCGCCUUUGAAAUCCAAGGAUCGAAAGAUGGAGGCAAAUAACCAUUUCAACUAUGGCACCCACUCCUCGGCAAACUCAGGACUGAAACUCUCCUCAGGGGAUUCUCUCUAUACUAACGGGUCCUCCAUGAGUUUUCCUCAGCAGGGGAAGAAUAUGAAUGGCGAAAUGAAUGUGAAUGGCGUCACUACUGUACUUGGGUCCGGUGUGCCUGGUUCCCACCCACCAACUGCUCCUUACCCACACAUGACCAACCACCACCAGAGUGGCAUGGGUUAUGACUACCUAUGGGGAGGACAGCCUCAGUAUGGCCCAGGCAUGAGCCCCUCUCCUGGGCACGGGAUGCACCAGAAGCAGCCUCCACCUGGGAUGAUGCAGCCUCAGUCAUCACAGCACCACUACCAGGGUCAUGGACAGUACCAACUAAAUGGGGGCAUAGGGAGCUCCCACCAGCCUCCUGUGGCAGGCCCACCGAACAUGCCGCUGACUGGGAGUCAGUACUGGAACAGGAAUAACCCCGGCCCUCAGCAAAUGGGCUAUAAUUCCCACAGUAUGUAUGGGGCGUACCAGAGUCAGGUGCACCCUGGGAUUACACCGUCACAGCAUCACCAGCAGCAGUCCCUGCAGCCACCCCCACACCAACAGUCACAGCAGCAUCUCCACCACCACCCGCAUCAUCACCACCAGCAGCACCAGCAACCUCAGCAUUACGGCAUGAUGCCCAAUGGAAUGCCAUACUACCAGCAUCAGCCCCAGCCCCAGCACCCGCCCCUGCCUUCUCCUCAACCGCAACCCGCACCACAGUCUCAGUCCCAAGGCCAGGGUCAGAUGAUGCCCCCAGUUGCCCAGAAUUUUACUCCUCCACGUGGCAGCCCACAGCACCACAACUUAGGCAGAGGGGGCACUGGAAGCCCGCUCCCUAUGGGGAUAUCUUCAGUACCAAUGAUGUCACCAUCAACAGUGCAGGAUAGUGGGUCACCCCAGGGCCACAGCAGGGAAAGAAGCCCUCACGCUGGCAAUGUGGGAAUGUCUACUGUCAUGCAAGGGCACAUGAGUGAAUCUUUCAAAGAGGUGGAUACAAACUAUAAUGGCAUGGAAAGGGCCCCUGUUGCCCAGAGGCUGCCAAAAAGUGAGAGCUACCAGCCUAAACCUCCUGUGCCUCAUAUGGGGCCUACAAGUGAUUAUCGUCAGCACUCUGAGCAGCCAGCAGCCCAGCGUCCAGAAAUGAUUACAUCAGUGAGGGAUCCUGCAAUGAAUGCACCUCCACACUCCAUGUCGUCUCAUCUCUCAGUGUCUGCAUCUUCUGCAGCAGUUUCAACAUCUCUAGCCAAGGCGCCAACUCCACCUCGGGUCUCUACAGCUCCCGCUUCCUCUGUGUCUCCCAUAUCUGCCCCAGGACCCCCUAUUGUUUCAUCCCCUGCUGUUGUAUCUACUCCACCACGGAUAUCAACACCUCCCAGUUUGUCCUCUGCUCCAUCUCCAGCUGCUCCUCCCAGACUUUCGUCACCUCCCCUAAUGGUGCAAGGCCUCAGGCCCCCUGCGUCUGUGAGUCAAAUCUCCCCUGCUGGAUCCACACAUCUGCCAGUGGGAUCCCCCUCUUCCUCUGUGUCUGCAUCACCUCAAAAGUUAUCUGCACCUCCACUUGUGAGCGACAGUGUGUCCAGGUCUACAACAGUUACUUCAGUUCCUUCUGUCUCUACUUCUCCAUUAGAGUCUGUGUCUCAUCAGACCAAAUCAACAUCAUCUCCCAUUGUCUCUGGGCCUCCUACAACAGCCUCCACUCCUGCCAAAGUAUCUGCCCCUUCUUACUCAGUCUCUGCACCUAUGUCUGCUCUUCAGCAGAUGGUCCAAGGGUCCAGGCCACCUCCUCUGACGUCUUGCCUCCCAGAUGCAUCUGGAGCUCAGCAUGAAAGGUCUGGACCCCCAUCAUUAGUGUCUGUUGCUUCAUCAGUAUCUGUCACAUCAUUUACUGCAAAUUCUUCAUCAGCUGUUGUGACUCCAUCCCAGAUGCCAGUAUCUGGACCUUCAACCUCAGCACCACCUGGCUCUUGUUUUUCAACAUCUGCACCUCCCACAUUAGUAUCCAGGCCUCUCUCAUUUGGCAGCACCCCUUGUGAAUCACUGCCCACAUCCCAGCAUCAGACACCAUAUACUCCAACAGCAGACUCUGCUCUUCCCACUGCAUCUGCAGUAUCCCUAGAAUCUGGGGUGGUGAAGUUACCCUUCCUGGCAGGCCAUGAGAGUCCUGCAGCUCGACCUCUGUCUACCCUACCUCUUCUAACCACUCAAGCCCCCAGGACUGCACCAAUAUCCACGCCCCCUGCCUUGGUGCCUGUGCCUCCUGCAAUGGUUACAUCUCAAGUGGUCCAAAACUCUGCUGUGUCCCAACUUCCCCUUCCCAACACCACUCCUCCACAAGCGCUGAAACCGUUGUCUCCUGAGCCAGAGCAUCAUGGUGACAGGGGUGACACAAAAGACUCGACCACUCCAGUUGUAAAACCAGAGGAACGUCUCCCUCAGACUGAAUUGGGCACAGCAAAAAGACCGCAAAACGUGGAAGCUACUGAGACUCUUAUUUCUGAAACGCACUCACACAAAUCCCUCAUGGACCCUCCUGGGACUUUGCCAUUUCCAGAGAAACCCCUGCAGACUUCAGUUUCUGCUGAUCAAAAGGCCAACAACAAACUGACAGAUUCUGAAAAGCCCCGUGAGCAAAGCAGUUUAAGUGACACCUGUGAGGCAGAAGACUCUGUUGUGGAGCGGACUCCAGUCACAGAGUCCGAACAGCUCCAUAGCACCAGGGUAGAUGAUGUGACUGAGGAUGAAACUUUAAGUGACUUAUCACACAAUGCUUCUCAAUUUGAUGGCAGUUCCGCACUUGACAGCACCUCUAAAGUUGUUAGCUCGGGAAUGGAAGACAUCUCUCAUAUGGACGACGACAGCUCAUGUGUGGAUGACUCCACUCAUUUUGACAGCAGCUAUCACAUGGGAGAAGACACUUCCCAGUUUGACGGCACUUCCCACGCAGAAGAGGAACCACCUAACAUGUGUGACACCACCAGGGACAGCAGCUCCUCCAUGAAAGACUCCAUGGAUGACACAUUGGACAGCACCCAAGCCAGGGAAGCCUCGGAGGCAGAGGAGACUAAGGACAGUUGCCGAAGCAUGCUUUUGUCUUCCCUGAACGACACCUCCCAGAUAGAAGAGUCCCAUGUUAAGUCAACUGAUGAGUCCAUCUCGCACUCAGUUAGCCUGCCUCAAGAGUCUGAAGCAGAAUGGGAAUCCAAGGGCUGUGAUAUACCAGACUCAGCUGGGCCCAUUAAGGUUGGUCCAAACGAGACAGUGACUCAUCCGAGUUUCAUGAUGCGAGAUGAAAACGUCACAGCCCUCAGUGCCCCAGCAGAGAGCCCCACUGUACCCCCUCCCCAACCAGAAACUGACAACAUUGUGUCAGCGACUGGAGAGAAGAUGAAAACCCCAGGGAAACCACGGAAACCUCGAGCUCCAAAGACCUCUACUCCAGCCCCUGAGCAGGUGCCCCGGAAGCCAAGGGUUCGAACUCCAAAGGUGGAGAAGAUAAAGAACCUUGAGGAAGCAGACAAUAAGGAAGAGGAUGGAGCUAAGGCAAAAGGAGCUGGCAGAAGGAGGAAGAAACCUCUCAAAGCAGAUGUUAAAGAAACAUCAGAUGUGUGUGGAGAGGCAGGGCCUCCCACAGAGGAGGAAGAUCCAAUCGCAGCCAUCAUUGAAGCAGUUUUGGCCAGUGCUACAGGGACAAACACAGCAGCUGAGAAACCCAAGAGGCCCAAAAAGGUCAAGAAACAAGGCCAAGAAGGAAAUGUGGCAAAAAUGCCUAAAGUGGAUGGUGAAAGAAAAGCUAAUGAUGCCGAUGACAAUGAUGAAGAUGAUGGUUCUACAGCAGGCGAAUCCAACAGACGGAGGGUCGCAACAGAGGAGCAGGUCCAGUUUCCUCUGCUGCACGGUUGGAGGAGAGAAAUUCGUGUGAAGAAGAUGGAGAACCGCAUGAAGGGCGAGACAUGGUAUUACACCCCCUGUGGGAGGAGGAUGAAGCAAUUUCCAGAAAUCAUCAAGUACUUGAAGAGACACCAGGACAGUGUGGUCACUAGGGAACACUUCAGCUUCAGCCCACGUAUGCCUGUAGGAGACUUCUAUGAAGAGAGAGAAACUCCUGAGGGCAUGAAGUGGGUCCUCUUGGCUAAUGAGGAGGUCCCUUCUAUCAUCAUGGCUAUAACUGGUCGGCGCGGUCGACCUCCAAACCCAGACAAAGAGAAGCCCCGCAGGGCUCGUGGCCCGAGGGGAAGGCAGGCUCGACGCCCGGGCAGACCUCCCAAACCUAAGAUGGUCGACCUGCUCAGCAAAGGUGAUGCCAAGAUGUUAAAGAGACUGGAGGCCAAGGAAUCACUAACAGACGAAGAUAAGGAGAAACUUGCAAAAAUAAUCAAGAAAAUGAAGAGGAAGGCAAGAAUGAAAAGGAAGGAGGAGGCCAAAAUUAAGAAGAUGAAAGAGGAGAAAAAGAAAGCUAAGGAGCAAGAGGCCAAGGACCAGGAGGUGAAGGCUGAACCAGCAGACCCGACAACCUUGCAGACCCCACAGCCUGCAGAACAAUCUGCUGCGGAGCCCAAGAAGCCCGGCCGCAGAAAAAGGGUAAAGGUUGAAGCUCCUCCACCAGUACAGCAGACAGAUGAGGAGAGGAUAGCCCAGGGCAAGAGGGUCCUUGGGGCUCGGAGUAAAGCCAAGGCUUUGGCUAAGGCUCAGGCAGAGGCAGAGGCUGCGGCCCAGGCUGCCCUGGCAGCUAAGAGGGCAGCAGAGCGACGGGUGCAGGCCCAGAGACGUCUGGAGGAGAGGAAGAGGCAGCAGAUGAUCGCAGAGGAGCUGAAGAAGCCCACAGAGGACAUGUGCCUCACCGACCACAAACCUCUCCCAGAGCUGUCUCGUAUCCCAGGCGUGGUUCUCUCUGGCACGGCUUUUGCACAUUGCCUGGCUGUAGUUGAGUUCCUUCACGGGUAUGGAAAGGUGCUGGGCCUCAAUACACCCAAAGAUGUGCCCACCCUUGCAACCCUGCAGGAGGGCCUGCUUGGCCUGGGCGAUAGCCAAGGCGAGGUGCAGGACCUGCUGCUGAGGCUGCUGGAGGCUGCACUGCAUGACCCAGGCCUGCCAUCCUAUUACCAGUCUGUAAAGAUCCUAGGGGAGAAACUGGUGGACCUGGAGCUCACCCGGAGCACAGUUUCAGAGGGACUUCGGAUCUUCCUGGAAUCUCAUGGUUACGAGACAGAGGUGUGCAACACGCUGAGGACCAAAAUGUUUCACGCCCUGCCACCCGACACCAAGGCAGCCAUCCUAGGUUUUCUGGUUGAAGAGCUCAACGGCAGCAAUAUCGUGACCAGUGACAUUGACAACACACUGGAGAACAUGGCAACUUACAGGAAGAACAAGUGGAUCAUAGAGGGGAAACUGCGCAAACUGAAGGCAGCACUGGCACGGCGUACAGGACGCUCUGAGGAGGAGCUGUGUUUUGAGGAGAGGCGGCGCAGUGCCAGGGUGGCCGAGGAAGAGAACCUCAGUCUGGAGGAGAGUGGCCAUGUCCUUGAGAGAGGCAGCCGCCGCGUGCGCAAGGAAGAGCCCAAACUCAGCGAUAAUGACAGCCCUACCAAUGCCAGCAUUCCAGAGCUUGAAAGGCAAAUAGAUAAGCUAACCAAACGGCAGGUGUUUUUCCGCAAAAAGCUGCUGCAAUCAUCCCAUUCCAUGCGGGCUAUAUUGCUGGGCCAGGAUCGGUUCCGGCGUAGAUACCUGGCUCUACCUCACCUUGGAGGAAUUCUUGUUGAGGGACCAGAAGAACUUUUGACCUCAGGAGAUGUCCUUGUGGCUGAGGUGCCCAUCACCCUCCUCAAGAAAGAGCCCAAAGUUGAGGAGGUCCCCACACCCACCACGCCCCCUCCUCCACCCCUCCCUUCCUCUCCUUCCUCUGCUCCCCCUGCUCCCCCUGCCCCGGCCCAAGUCCUCUCUCCAGAGGAGGAUCCCCUCCCUGGCACCGCAUCACUCAUGAGCCGGCAGAGAGGCCGUGGACGCCCACGCAAAAUCAAGCCGGAAGUGGAGCUUCAUCUCCGCACGGCCAAGAUCCGCCGCCGGCGUCGUAGCAGUGCCAGGUCCGGGGGUGAAGACGGGCCGGGCUCCCCGACCAGCAGCACACAUGACCUCACACAGGCCGCCUUCCAGAGUUGGCUCAGUCAGUCACAGGAAACGCUGGCCAACGGCACAAGUUCAGCAUCAGGGGAAGCUCCAGAGGGAAAUCAUCCUGAGGAAAGUGUGAAGGAGAUGGCAGAGAAGCAGGGACAGUGGUUCAACCUGCUGCCCAAACAGCCGUGUGACUCAAACUCUCUGACUGAGCCUCAGAUGCCUACCUCACCCAGCACACCUCCUAAACUCCUCCCUCAGAUUCCAAGCACACUGCCUGCUCUCGCUGCUCCACUCAUGCAGUCGGACCCACUCCUACCUGGUCUGUCUCCUGCUGACCCAAUGGGCCCAGCACCACUGCAGGAUGUUCCCACAGCACCCACGACACCUGCGGCUCCCACCAGUGCAGUUGGACCCGCACAAGGGGGUGUCCCUUGUACUGUUCCUCUUCCUCCUCCUUUUCUACCUGCUCCAGUCCCUCCUGCCGCACCCGCUCCCGCCACCCCUGCCAGGCCAGGCCGCAGGCGGAGGAGAGGCAGCAGAGGCAGCAGUCCCGCCCGCAGAGGGGCACGAGGCGCUGCAGCCAAGCGACGCGGCCGCCCUCCCAAUACUGUGUUCCAGGAGCUGGAGCAGCAGUACUUCACACAGCUGGUGGUCAAGCCCAUUCCUGCAUUGAUGGUGCGUGGCUGGUGGUGGAUCCAGGAGCCAGAGGAGCUGUACACCACCUUACAGGCCCUCCAUCCAAGAGGCAUCAGGGAGAGGGUGCUCCACAAACACUUGGCCAAACACAUGGAAAGCCUGGCUGAGAUGUGCACCAAACCCAUCAAUGACCCUAUAUUCCAGAUGAAGGUGGAGGAGGGCGAUGCCUUAAUGGAGGCCUUGCAGCAGCCCUGGCACGUACAGGAGAAGGCCAUGGAGUCCGACAUCAGCGCUCUUCAGUGGGUGGAGGACCUAGAGCAACGGGUCAUUGCUGCUGAUCUCCAUCUGAAGGCUGCUCCUCAGAGUAUAAAGAGUGAUUCUGAUGCUAACACAGAUGCACCGGUGGCAGAAUUUCAGCCCUACACAGUCCCAGAGCCAGACUCCACACGCGACGACCUCCAGUACUACGAACACGAUACGGAUCCUCGUGAUGACUGGAUUGUGCGGACCAAGAAGGAAUGGUCCGACCUUCCGCGUAUCGCCACCCACCCACUGGACCUGGCCGUGCUGCGGCUUGCGAACCUGGAGAGGAACAUUGAACGGCGCUACCUGAAAGAGCCGCUCUGGAACCCGGCUGAGGUGAUGCGUCUCGCUCCCCUCACUCCCACCCCUGGAGAAGAGCUUCCCAUGGACGUCAUGAGUUUGGAAAGUGAGAUCACCCCUCGGCUACGGACAUGGAGGCAGGCUCUAGACCGCUGCCGUAGCGCCCCCCAGCUCUGUCUGUGUUUACUUCAGCUAGAGAAGGCUAUUGCUUGGGAGAGAUCUGUGGUUAAAGUGACUUGCCAGGUUUGCAAGAAAGGAGACAACGACGAGUACCUUCUGCUGUGUGACAGCUGUGAUCGCGGCUGCCACAUGUACUGCCUGAGGCCCAAGGUCACCCAGGUGCCAGAGGGAGACUGGUUUUGUCCCACCUGCGUUGCCCUGGAGGAAGGCGAGUCUCAGCUCAGCCAGCGCUCGUGUAAAAAGCGCACCAGGAUGAAGAAGAGGAGAUACGAGGAUGACAGCUCUGACGAAGACACAAUACCGCGACGUGGCGUUGGCGUGACAACACGGCACAAGGACGCACCGGUACCGUCGUCAUCCUCCCGAUACUCUGGAGACGGAGGGAGCAGCACAUAUUCACCAGCUAAACGUCGUCGCAUGACCACCCGCAACCAGCCUGACCUCACCUACUGCGAGAUCAUCCUAAUGGAGAUGGAGGCUCACGCAGAUGCCUGGCCGUUCCUUGAACCUGUAAACCCCCGGCUGGUGCCAGGCUACCGCCGUAUCAUCAAGAACCCCAUGGACUUCCUCACCAUGAGAGAGCGACUGCUACAGGGAGGGUACUGCAGCUGUGAGGAGUUUGCGGCCGACGCCCAGCUUGUCUUUAACAACUGUGAGCUCUUCAACGAGGACACAUCGGAGGUGGGCAUGGCCGGACACUCUAUGAGGCGUUUCUUCGAGAGCCGCUGGGCGGAGUUCUAUGAGAAUAAGGACAAAUAGGAGCCUGUGAUGUUCCUCCUGAGGGUGGGGACCAUAGACUGAUGGCGCCUGCACCGUCCAUUUAUUACUCUCUCCAUUACUACUAAGACUGUCUGGAGACUCCUGUAUUCUUACAUGUAAGAAUAGGUAUAUAUGUAUAGAUUUUGGUUAUUUGUCUGUUAUUGUUUCCUCUGUUGGCCUAACAUUUCUAAGGCCCAAGCCCUCCUGGCUUGAACUUGUACUCAUUCCCCACCACACAGAGGGCAGACGUGUCUCAGCCCACCUCCCCCCCUCCCCUCUGUCUUUCUCCAGCCUCGGCUCUGCACCUCGUCGCCUCUGUGGGAUUUAUCUGUCAGGUCCAUUCACAAGCCCCCUGUCACAGCAGGGCCGUCGGUCUAGGCCUGCCAUGGUGUGAUGACAGGGCCCGGCCCUGGGUGUUGUGGCUCUCACACUGUCAUGUUUAAGGUCAGGGGCUGAUCACACUAUUGCAGCCUCACUGCUGCAUACCGGACCUGCUUGGCCCCCCUUGACGACAACGGAUCAAAACUCUUUACAGACUCCGAGCUUGGGCCAUUUCUUACCUGUUCAAUGGAAAUGUAAUGUAAUGUGGUCUUAUGCCUAGAAGUAAUUUUUUUGCUCAAUAUAUUUUUAUUAUAUAUUCUAUAUAUAUAUACAUAUAUAUAUAUAUAUAAAGAUUACAAUAGCUGGAAUUAUUUAAUAGCAAUAGCUUGUAGUGAAUGUGUACAGAUUACAUUAUAGAGAUGUCUAGAUGAUUUAUGAAAAGGCCAGUUAAAACAAAUUAAAAGGAACCGGUUUCUCCUUGGACUGUCACGAGUAGACAUUGUAUAACCUCCACUUAAACUCUUGCACGCACACAGACACACUGUUUUUCACCCGUACACACUUACACAAACAUACACACAAUUUCACUCACUCACACACACACCCUCUGCUGCUGUGUGAAAGACACUGGUUUCUGAAACUGGAGGAUUUAGUGUUUGUCAGUCAAGCUUUAGACUCUUGUAUUUCACUGUCCCCCUUGUUAAGAAUACAUAAUCACAACGAUCCAGUAGUGCUAGAUAGCUACACAUGAUCGCAUGACCAGCGUCACAGACCAUGUGAAUAGAACUGAAACGAUGCUACCAUCAUUUUAACCCCUGUUAAUUUAUCUAUAAUCUGUUUCCAAUACAGGGCUUUUACUGUAAUUUUUGCUAGUUUAUGCUAUAAUCUGUAAAUGGAAGUCAAGUCUGUGAAAAAAAAAAUGCCUCAUGAGUAUCUGACAAGACGUGUUGUUUGCAGCUUCAAGCAAAGACUUGUAAAGAACUACAUUUUCCACAUCAAAUUGACCAAUGUUGAAAACGCCACUCUUCAAUUCUGUUUGUGUGUAACUAGUCUGACCAGGCGGAAGAGAUCUGAAGGUGGUUAUGUGGGAGAGGAAACUCUUCUCAUGUUCAAGGCCAGAAUCGCCAAGCAGCUCUGGCACUGAAGUCGCAUUUCUGCCGGGUUUUGUUCUGUCUAACAUUCCUUUUUGGAUUGUUUUUUUUUUUUUUAAGAAGUGGUUUUUAAUUUUUAUUUUUGUGCUGUAUGAGGGCCAAUGUACAUGAUUCACGGCAUGGGCGGUGUGCUAUGAAGGCGACAGGACGACUCCACAACUUGGGUUUUAUUUAAGAUAGUUUCUUACACUGAACUCAAAAAAAUCCGUUAAUAGGAAAUACAUUUUGAUGUUCCUUGUUACAUUGAAAGGGACAGCCGUUUUUUCAAAAAAGAAAAAAAAAAGACAUUAAAAUAAAAACCAAAUGUGGUGUUACGUGAAUUUUUAAUAAUGUACAGUUUUGGUGACUUUAAAUUUGUUCCUUUCUAUAUUUUUAGGACCAAUUUAUCAUUUUUAAGAGGAGGUAUUACAAGACUAUGUUGUAUUAAGGUGAUGUAACACGUGUGCAUCUGUAGAAUGUACUGUGAGUUGAAUAAAAACCACAUCUAGUAGAGAGUA